AGCGAUCCAGUGCUGGUGUAUCCGCACAAAGCAGCGAGUUCCGUCACACUCUUUCCAGACGAUGUUGAACGACUUAAGCCGGGCGAAUUUUUGAAUGACUCGCUCAUUGACUACUACUUGCGCUAUAAUUUCGAUCAUUUGCCUGAACAACGGCGCAGCGAAGCAUACCUCUUCAACACAUUCUUCUACAAGAAAUUAACGCAAAAGAGUACCGUCAAAGGCAAGGAAACAGCAACAGGACACAGUGCUGUUGAAAAAUGGACGCGCAAGGCGAAUGUGGACUUGUUUUCAAAAAAGUAUGUCAUUAUACCUGUCAACGAGGCGCUGCAUUGGUACCUUGUGGUGAUUGCAAACCUCGACAAGUGUGUCUUUGGUGAAUGGACAGACACGCGCUCGCAAAAAUCGCAUAUCGAAGAAGACGUGCCAGAGCAUAUUGAACAGGAUGAACCUGUCAUUUUGAUUCUUGACUCCCUGCGCAAUCGUCACAACAAGGUGUAUGGUACCAUCAAGCAGUAUCUUGCCGCUGAAGCAGAAGUGCGACGUGGUCAAAAGCUAGACACGGAGCAAAUCAAUACCUGUCUCGCAGCUGUACCUGGCCAAGACAAUUUUUCUGAUUGUGGACUUUUUCUGAUUCACUAUGCAGAAAAGAUGCUGCAGGAGCCAGAUGCCGUUCUCAGGGACCUGCUCCAACGAACUGGCUACAAGCGUGAAGAGUCUUUCAAGAAGGCGCAAGAAGCGCAAAGGGAGCUUUGGGAAAUUGACAAGAUUGCCUCACGUCGUGUAGACAUGGUGGAUGAGAUUUUGACGAGAGGCGAGGCUUGGAAGAAGGAGCACGAGGCAGACAUGCGA